AUGCCGUCGGUGCUCAACGCCAUUGAAUACGUUCUGUUCGGAGUUCUGGUCGUGGGAAAUUUUUGUCUCGGCCUUUACUUCUCCUUCCGCCAACAUGGGCGACACGUCGGUCCAACUUCCGCCGUGCUGGAAGUGUUCCUCGGAAGCAGGACCCUCAUGAUGCUUCCCCUGGCCGCUUCAACAGUGGCCUCCAUCCUUUCCUCAACGGGGCUCGUCGCUAUUCCUGCGCACUAUUACGCCUACGGUUGGCACCUCAUGUGGGCGUGCAUAGCACCGCUAUUUCUUUUCCCACUGGCAACGCAAGUGUUUGUGCCUGUAAUCUACCGCCUCGAAGUGACGUCGAUCUUUGAGUACAUCCGUCUGCGAUUCAACAGCACAAUAUCAAUGAGCGCAUGUGCCAUUUACAUCAUUCUGACGCAAAGCGUCGGCGCUAUCGCUAUAUUCGCAGCGUCCUUGGCAAUUCAAACAGUGUUCCAUACACCUCUCCUGUGGUGCAACGUAGCGAUCGGAUUAUCAGGAACUGUGUACACAGCACUGUUCUUGAUAAUACUUUGCGCCCCAGCAACCAUCGUCGCUAAGGUUAUAUAUGACUCCAUGUCACCAAACUCCGUGAUUCAUCCUCCCAAUGACCUGGACAUCUCCAAGUACAUUGCAAAGUAA